AAGACGAAACGGACAGCGACGUUAACGUUUUGUUUGUAUUCGGAAAGAGAACAACAAGGCUCGGGAAAAGAACAGUACGAAGUUCAUCCUCGUAUUCAAUUUCAUCCAUCGGUAGGACUUUUGAUGUUAAAAGAGCCCGCUCCUUAUGACGUUCUCAAAAGGGAAUCCAUACUCACUCCUGUAGGAUGUCAUCAAUUUUUGGCAUAUAAGAUUCUUCUCUUGAUGUCGAAGUAGAUGAACCAAAAAGUUAAAGAACUCAACUACGAAUAGGAGAAAAAAUCAAACCCACACGACGAUAAUAUCAUCUUCGCGAGUUAUUAAACUUCAGUUAGUUAUAACCAGAGGCAAUUUAUUGCAUAAAAUGGCUGAUCAGGCAAGAGCCGAAAGGGGGUCCCCUGCACCACCCCCGCAGGCGCACCACCCAAGAACGCCGGGAGCAGCAGCAGCAGCAGCAGGCACCCCGCCUGCAGCCGCACGACCCGGGCUGUCGGAAGAAGAUGUUGGGGGCGAGGAAGCCGAAGCCAUCGCAUGUAAUGAUCAUGUCGGGGCGGCUUCUUCGUCGUCUGGUGAUAUAAUUGUGCAGGGUCCUUGUGGUCCAGAGGACGUGCGAGCUGGGCCACAGGGAGCAGCUCCUUUUCGUUCGUGUGCAGCAGAAGAGGAGAGGAAUAUUCAAGCAUUAGAGGUGGAAAAACAAGGUCGACACUGUGAACGUCAAGACGAUGUUGAAGGGGCCUCUACAGGUACAACAAUAACAUAUCAGGCCAAGAACAAGAACAUCGAGGACCAUCCUGGUAGAAAAAACAGCACAACUACAUCACGGCUUCUCGUGGAGGAUGAUCAUCGAGUAUCAACAAACGAAGUGCAGCAAGUUGCUGAACAAGUAUCAACACACGAAGUAUCAACAAACGAGGACUCCUCCACGACCGUGAGACGGAUCACAGCAGCAGCAUAUCAACUGCAAAAGUGUCUGGGUCUGGAAGAGUGUAAGCUUGUCAUGCAGUUUUUCCAUGACCCAUCAGGUCUGGAAUGCGAGACCUAGCAUGACAGAGUCUGUGAGCUCUCUACCAUGCCUAUCCUGCGUGAGAAACUCCCUCCAAACUUGGUCGAAAGUGGACGGCCUUUGGCACUCAUGCAACACAGAUUCCUGCAUGAUUCGGAAUUAGCCUGACAAGUUCCAACCUUCCAGACCCAGACACUUUUGCAAUCCAUACAGCAGCAGGAACCGCUUCGCCAGAAGGAGGGCAUCAUCCUGACCUUGCUCACCAUCAGGACCACCACCACCCAGCAGAUGAAGUCGUCAACAUCCCCUUUGACUUUUCGGUGGAUACCAGCCACUACAAACCCCCCCGGACUCACCAAGAGUGGGUCGCGCUCCUGAACCGCGAGAGCCCGAAUUUUUCCCCCAAUAGCAUCCCCGCGAGUAGCCCGGCCCGGAGCUUGUGCAGGUACACAGGCCAACGAAGUUCUUGCUACCCAGGAGCUACCGCCGGGGACGAAAGUAGUUGUACCGAGAACGAGAAAACGGCGGUGGGCGGGCAUUCCCCGGGGGAUGAACUUGGUACUACGAGGACUAUGGGCACGACGCCGGGGCCGGCGAGGAGCAGUGUGAUUACAACUAUAUGGCCUGCUCAAACGUUACAAUCUCAAACGUUGCAAUAGAAUCUGGAAUUUGUCUUGCUUAUGAGCAUGACAGACUCGCAGACCAGUCCACUUUCUGCAACACAAAUUUCGGCAGAUUGUAGUGCGGUUUGGGGCUCCGGAACUUGCCACGCGCAGUCCUAUGAGACUUGGCUAGAUCAUGCACUCUUGCAUCACAGAUUUCCAUAUUCUAUUGUAACGUUUGAGAUUGUAACACCUGAGCGGGUUAUAAACUACCUCGGCAGUUUUUAUACCGGGAAGCCGGUCGGCGUGUAGCAGUAGGGCAACAAGUGUUGGACGCAUGAAGCACACCACCUCGCACCUGGUCUCUGAUCCCUCGAACCGCCUCCCGCCGAUCACCGAUGAGACUUUUGCGGACGGUAAAGCAUUGACGUUCGAGGACCUGCAGCAGCUUCCCUCCAUCCGGUCCAACCUCGUCGCGCAGCCGCGGAUUUCGGACGAAAUCAACAGCGAUCUGAUGAAGAAAGCGCUGGAGGGAAGUAGGUCGAUGAACAGACUUUCUCACGAGCAGAAACGGCGGCGGCGGAAGCGGUCCAAGAGGUUAAAAGAACAGAGCAACGAUUUAGUUGAACAGGAGCAACGAAGAAGUAGAAGAUGGAGCUUUGCGGAAGAUGAUCCUCGGACACCAGAAGGAGACCACGGCGAUAUUGAAAAUGCUACUGUGAAAAAAGAAACAGCGGCCGCGAGUGGAGCCACGUCGGGGCGGGAGGAGAUGAGGCAUCAACCCGAGGAGCACGAGCUGUCUGCUGCAGCUGGAGGAGGUGAGGACCACCUGCAGGGCACUACAAACGCAGACAACGGGGGCGUGACGGCAAGUAGUAUCAGAAGAAAAAAUCCCCCCUCCCCAUAUCGAGACGAAGUUUCUGAUGCUGGAUAUGCGUACACAAAUCAGAUUUGUCUUGCUGGAGAGGACUGCAGGCCUAUAAGGAAGCCUGAGUAGAGAGGUUUUGGGCUAGGCGCCGAGCAUCGCAAACGUCUAGUCUGUAGGGCCAACAGCAUCACAAACCGCCUGCAGAACGCGGCGGACCCUGUGGAGUUGUGUUCUGGCAAGACAGAGACGACUUGUGGCCACAAAUCAGCAUUGCAAAUUUUUUGAGACGGAGGGGGGAGUUUUCCUUUUGAUAAAUAGAACACGUCGACUCUCCAAGGAACUUUUCGACCAACGGCGGCAGAGAUAUGACCACAUGCAGACAUGUUCAUCUUCUCUGGAUGUGGUCUGGAAGACUACUGCCCACGUUUGUCAUGCCAUGUAUCUUUCGCACCACACAAAUGGCCGCCUGGAAUGCAUCCAAAAGCAUGAUUACUCAGGAAUUAUUGCGGGGGCUACAUGAAGAUCAAGCCUGUAAUAUUUGUAUUUCGCAUGAGAAACUUGCUCGUGGGAUGGCAAGAAAUGACAAGCUUAUAUUGGCGCGGCUCCAGCAGCUACACAGAAGAUUUUUGCGUGAUCCAGUAGACUUAGCAUCCUUCCAGACCACAUCUAGGGAAGAUAAUGUUUGCAAAAGUGCAUACGAGAGUUCUGAAGGACACACUGGAUGGGCUUGUCGCCGGGGGGAGAGAACCGCGAGCAGCGAGGGGUGGCCUUUAUUUGCGGGAACAAAUGAGCAGCAAUUCCAAUUCGACCGACGAGGACGACUUUUCGAACGACAGCAGCGGCUCUAGUGUCUGUUCGUCCCGCGAUGACCACACUGUGGACCACAGCCGCAGAUCGUCUUCUGGCACAGACUUCGAUGCCGAUGUGUCGGGGGACUUUGCGACUUUUUACCCGUCUACUUCGAGCGAGCGGGCUGUGGCUCCGCUCGCUCGCGAGCGGAGCAACAGCCAUAGUGCAGCGACCGCGGGGGCGGAGUCUGGGCAGGCUGAUCAAGAACGUCAUCAUCCCUCUACGACCAGGUGCGCGAGUUCUACUACUGCGUCACAAACAUUAGCACCCACCGGAACGGCUGCAGCACGUACGGUUCACUGCGGCCUUAUUUUUUGCGUUUUUACUUAGCGGAAUCCGGCGACACCGCCGGCGAGCAAUCAAAAGCGCCUCACAGCCGCGCCGCGAAGGCAUGUCUGUGACGUGCCCUGUUGAGCCGUCGCUGGGCCGCCCCCGCCUCUGUUGCCGCGCGCCGCCCCACCGCAUUGGCCUGCGCAUGCUGCCACGCGCGGACUCUCCGCUUGUGUUCGCUGCCCGGCCAGCGAAUGUAAAAUAAGACUUCCAUCUUCAUCCAGCAGCGAAUGUGAGAGAGUCGGUUUUUUUAUUCCGGCACUACUACUACUGAUUGGCUGCUGCCACUGAUUGGCUGCAGACUCGUAGGAGGCCCGUGCUUCUGGUCGGGGCGGGGCGCUCUACUGGUUGCGGGCGCCCGGUCUUCAAUGCUGCGGGGCGGUAGUGGCGCAGGUGUGAUGUCGUCGGGGGCCGCAGCGCGGUCUUUCCCGCAGGUCAGCGACCUGGCGUGGUCACUCUUGCCUGGGGGUGGAGGAGUCGUGUUCGGGGGCUGGUAGUGGGGUUCACCACCGCCAGGGCUGAGCGGGCGGUCGCACUGCACAGGGCCCAAAGUGAUCCCGCCUCUGCCCUUUUUCAUACUCGCCCGGGUGUGUAUGCAAAAAUAGCGAGCUAGGGCGAGGGCGAUCGAACAUGCCCGCGAGCAAAUGUUGGGCGCGGGGCUUUUUGGGCGGGCGUCUUUCUUACGUAACCUUGCACAUUCAGCGGCUUGGUGUGGUUUUUCGUUGUCCUCGUGGUAUAGGCAAGCGCAGCGGGUUAGCGCUGGUAGACGAGGUAGGAGCUUUUUGCUACACAUAGGCUUCCAGACGAGUUCGCCACGGAGUGUCUCUCUGUUGUGGUGGGUUUCUAGAGGAGUCUGGAAAUCACCAUCAACGCAAGGGUGUUGCAUGUGUUUCGGUCGCAGCAUUCUUGCAGUGCAGACAGCACACCCACACUUUCUGCGUUUAUGCCAUCAAAAAUAUAUCGCACGGAUUUUGUCAUCCGGGAUCGCAAAGAUGAUCGCAAACAUUGAAUGUUGGAAAUCGUUGAGGUCCAAACGUUGACUUCGAAACGUUGAGACUUUACCUUGACAACCAAAAACAUUAGCACCCACCGGAACGGCUGCAGCACGUACGGUUCACUGCGAAGAGUCAAUACCCUAUAUACUAUACGGCAAGAAAAUCGAUUGGCGUAAUAUUGCCCGAUUUCUACUAGUAAAAUCUUACUAGCAAGGAAAGCCCGAGAAUUUUACUAGUAGGCUGCGCUGCUAGUGAUCUUAUCGUGACAAGCAAGCAAAAAAACUACUAGUAAGCGUACUAGUAGAGAGUUUACUAGGAGAAAGCUUACUAGUAGAAAAAGAAAAAGAAAACUGCCGCGCGGGGUGGUUCGCCCCGGGGUUGCGCCACAAAGCUCGCCCGCGCUGCUGGCUUCCCUUGCCCCCUGUGGAGAAACUAGCGCCGAGCAAUUAGUACCUGUGUGGUCGCGCGGGACGUGGCGCUCGUUCCCGGGAAAAGGGGGCGCAGCCGUGGGAGGGCGAGCGCUUCUUUAUCUGACCGAGGGUGGCGCGGCGCGUGCUGCUGCGCCCGCAGGUGCCGGCGAAGGAACUCCCUCCGGGCCGGCCACGGUGCUGGGGAUGGCUUUGCGCGCACUUUGUGUGGGCCGGCAUGUUUUGCCUCGCGGGGGCGGCCCCCUGGUGUGGAUGCUCCCGCCGCCCUGCACAAAGAAAACGGAGACUUCUUUCGGUGCCCUGAAUGGUUAUCACACACAGCGCGCCCAGUCCCACUGUGCUGGCUGCACCUGGCUGGCUGGCCGGGUUCUUUGUCGUGCAGUUUCCGCAGCUGCGGUUCUGUGGGCCCCGUCAAAAGCAGCCCCGGGGCGUAACUAGAAUGAGGAGCAGCCGCCCGUAAGGCUCGCAACUUGGGGGGGUGCUCGCAAAUUGGGAACAUCCCGGAAGGCUCGUCCCCUCCCAAGGUGGGCUCGCCCCGGGUGUUCUUUCGAUCGGUUUCCCGGAGCUUCUCCUUCUCCUGGGGCCUGGGGCGAGCCGCUGUCGUGCCUUUGUCUUUCUCUAGGGCGGGGGCUCGGGCGCACUUAAUAAAAGCCCUGCGCCUGUAGAGUUUUCGCCCCCAGGAGAAUCCCCUCCCCUUCCCCGUGAGGACUGCAACCUUCCUAGUAGGAAAUCGGGCCCAUCGUUUCCUUGUCUACUCCAUACCUCUCCGGCGGUCGCGGAGCGACCGCCCGUGCUAGAUACUACGUCAAAAGCAUUAGCACCCACCGGAACGGCUGCAGCACGUACGGUUCACUGCGAAGAGGAUGCUACUAGCGCUCGGCUUAUGUCUUCAACGGUCGUUAGCGUACAGAAGGGUGAAUUUGCAGUGAAUUUGUAUUGCAUGGCUUGCCUUUGCAUUUAGUUAAAAGAGAAGUGCGCUGCGUAUGGACACGAGCCCAAGCAUCCCACACAGCGCGGAGGGCUGCUCAUCGCGUGGUGGCGCUUGCGGGACCGAAAGAAGUGGUCUUUCGAAGGCCCGCCGGGCUGUGUAGUGCGUAUUUAACGACCAGAGAAGGUGGAUCGGGGGGCUCUUAUUCUUCUGCGCGUCUGCCUCAGAAGUGCCUCUCCGGAAUGGUCGAAAGGGACGGAGGGCGACGCCUGAACACAGGGGCACUAGUUCAACACGUGCGCUCUCAUGAGUUGCGGUCGUGGCUUGGAAUUGGAUAUCUGGGAGUAGCCUCGGGUAAAAGGGAAGGCACGACUCGGCCACGGGCACUAGCUUGCUUCGCCUGCUGUGCUCGGCUUACAACUCCCCAGGUGUGUUUUUGCCUCCGGAGAAACUCUUUUUCGACGUGGCUCCCAGGUCAAGAAUUCUCUUGGUGAAUUUUGAAGGUUGUUGUUUUUGGGACACUUUUUUGAAGCCGCAAAACCCGGAGUUUCCCAUGCGCUAGCGAAUUUUGAACAGGAGCCGGAUUUCAAAAUUCACCGGCGCCCUUUUCAAAAUUCACCCCAAAACUCACCGGGCGCCCCUUUUCGACCGUGAUAAGCAAACUUUAGCGCAGAAAAGUGCUCAAAAAAGUCCGCAAAUAGGCCCUAGGAAUUGGCGCCGAGGGGAAAAGACAAGCGCCCUCUGCUGCCCUCAGCCCGCCUAUAUUCUGCCGAAAAGACCGGGAGAGUUCACGCGCCUGCCGGAUAGACGCGUCAAAGCUCUCGGCCUGGUCCUUUCGCCCUUGCUUUCGCGCCUUCAUCUUGCCUAUGUUAUGUGCUCCGGAGCCCUUAUGUUUGGCGUCUUUGCUGUGGCUGUUGCAGUGUUGUGCCCUUAUGCGAGCACAGGGAGACGAAAAGAUAUGGGCAAAGAACGACGCCCAGGCCAUGUCUAGAAGCCGCCCGCCGCAUAAGCCUUGACAACUUCCGCGGUCGGUGUGCAGAACCCACUUCCCAGAAGGGCAAGAGGGACAACGCCCCGCCGGACUCAUCUGCACUUUGUCAUGCAAAAUUCACUACAAAUUCGCCACUUCUCAUGCUAACGGGUGUGAAAGCUCCGGAACAACGGCUGCAGCACGUACGGUUCACUGCGAAGAGGAUGCUACUAGCGCCCGGCAUCGCGGUGUCGACGCUUCAACACCCUCCAACCAGGUCGACACAGUACUACUACACGCAAAAGAACUACAGCAGCGCACGUACAGUACACACGAGGUGGAUGAACGGGGUUCUUGCACUCUCUCGUCUCGACACCGCGGUGGUGCAAAGAACCUCCCCGUCGCGUCGACGUCCAGCUUUCUUCUUGAAACGAGCGGGCGGACCGGUCCGCAAGAACUCCAAGCUGCUUCUUCGCUUAGUGCUGCUGCCACUGCUGCUGCUGCUGCUGCUGCAAGAACUGGAAAAAGUAUUAUUAAGCCGAGCAAGCGCUUUAGCUUUACAACGAGUACGUCUACUGCGCUGUCGGAAAAAAAUUUCUGUCCUACUGGAACGGCAGUGACGAGCAGGCUUCGGUCUCUAACCUACUCGGGCGACAAAAUGCCGAGCGAUUAUUCCCUAUCAAAUGUAAAAAUGUCUGGGUCUGGAAGAUUCUGAGACUUGUCAUGCAUGUUUUGCAUUGGCCAUGAUGUCUGUGAUGCAUGCCCUAGCAUCACAGAUUUCUUGAGGGCUUCGCGAUGCCUGUUCCGCAUGACAAAUGCCCUGUCCGCGUAGCAAAAGAUGCGUUCCUUUAUUUGCUGCUCAUGCAAUACAGAUUUUUUGGAAAUCCAAAUUCAGCAUCACAAGUUGCAUUCUUCCAGACCCAGACAUUUUUACAUUUGAUAUUCCCUGGCCCGGAGCGCCUCCGAUGCGGAGGUCCUGGGGGGCACUGUUUAUUCAAGGAGAGGGCCCAUGACGUCCUUGUCGGGUAGAAGUGGUGCGACUAUCCUGUGCAAAAGUAUCGUACUCGUAUUGCAAUCAUGCAUUGCAAAUCCUUUUGUUAAGGUAUAUCCGCAUUACAAAUUUGAUUUCUCAUCAUGCUGAGGAAAUUUGUAAUGCAUUUAUACGAGUGCGAUACUUUUGCAGUUCAUAGCAACCGCUUGCAGUUUGUUCGACGAGGACCUCGCUCGCUUCGACCUAUCCAGGUCAUCGUCAUCAUCGUCGUCAUCAUCCCAGACGAGGGCCGCGAGAAAUUAUAACACGUUGUCCUACCAGGGGCGAAGUUUGAGCUCGAGAAGCGCUACAACUCGGAUGACGCUAACCAGGUAAUACAGAAACAAAAUUUUUACCCGAAAAUUUUCGCGAUUUGGUCCUGUGUUGCAAAGUACUUUGUUCGGAAAUAAAUGCGGUCGCAGAUGAUGCACCAUGACCAUGGGUAGCGUUCUUAUUGCGAAAGAUUGAUACAGUGAUUUCGAUCAUGCAAAGUACUAGUACUUCGAAAAAACAAUCAGCAUGAAAGCUACAAAACUUCGCUAUAAUUUUUACCGCAGGCGUAUCACACAGAAAGAAGCAGGCAGGUCAUAAAAACUGUAAUGCAAAAAUAAACACACAAAAAAAAAUGUGUUGCGCAUCCUAAGUAAACAGCAUGCUAUGGGGCCGCCCAUGACAAAUUUUAGUGUGUAUUUAUUUUUGCAUCACAAAUAAUGAUCGGCCCUGCCUGCUUUUUUCUCUGGCAUAAGGCGCAUCAGCGAGGAACGGGAUCAGUCGGAGACUAAGUGUGGGCCGAUUCUGGAUAUGCAUUGCAAACACCGAUCUGGGUCUGGAUUUGUGAUGCGAAAGAAUCUGAAGGAGAGCAUGAUCUGUAAUGCAUGGAUAGGACGAGUGGGCAGAACCAGAAGUCCUUUCGUGGUGGAUGUUGAAAGGGUGUCAUGCUAA